GCUUGACUUCAUCUUCCAUCAUGUCGCAAGCAGUCGGUCUCUUUGGUCUCAAGCUCAAGCCUGGAGAGGUGCACCGCGUCUCCAUGGUCUUCAACGAGUUCAAGAUCACCAACGUCUCAUUCGGUGAGAGCGUCACUGGCAACAAGCGCGCUGUCAUCAAGGUCCACCACAUCCCUCACUACGGCCACCCGGCAGUCGCCGACGAGGACGAGGAGGAUGAGGAGGACGACGAAGAUGACGAGGACGAUGAGGAGGCACAGGACGCAAAGGACCUCGCCAGGGCUGAGAAGGCUUACACUGAGCGCACAUUUGUGCUCUGCACCCUUACGCCUGGCAAGAUCGAGCAGGCAUCCGUCGACAUCGCCUUCUCUGAGGAUGAGGACAUUGGAUUCUCCGUUACCGGCGACAACGAGGUCGACCUCCUCGGGAACUACACCUCUCCCGUCGGCAUCAACGAGCCCCCUUACUCUGACGAGGAGAUGAGCGACGAGGAGGACGACUCGGACGACUACGACAGCGAUGGCAUGCCCAUCAACUACCCUGGCGAGUACGACGAGGACGACGAGGAGAUCGACUCAGAUGAGUACGACUCUGAUGACUUCGACGCCGAUGGUCUCGAGGCCAUCCUCGCCGAGGAGGACUCUGGGCUUGAGGAUGAAGACGAAGAUGACGAGGACGAAGAUGAGGACGACGACGACGAGGAGGAGUCGGACGAGUCGCGCAUUGAGGAGGUCGCCGACGUCCCCGUUGAGAUGACCAAGUCAGCCAAGAAGCGCAAGGCUGCCGCCGAGGCCGAAGAGGACGAGGACGUCUCCAUGACUGCCGCCGCCGUCACAGACGCCGAGCUCGAGGGCGCUGCCGCCGCCGAGGGCAUUGACGUGUCCAAGCUCAGCAAGUCGCAGCGCAAGCGUCUCAACAAGAAGCUCAAGGCUGCCGGCGACGCUGGUGACGUCUCUGCGGUCUCUGCUGCUUCGGCCUCAAGCGCCAAGCCCGCUACUUCUACCAAGGAGUCGAAGAAGGCCACCAUUGUGGAGAACGGCAAGGCCAAGACAGCUGCUAAGGAGACCACUGCUGAGAACGGCAAGACGACAUCCAGCAAGACGAAGCUCCCCAACGGUGUCGUCGUCGAGGUCAAGAAGACGGGCUCAGGCCCCGCAGCAAAGAAGGGCCAAAAGAUCGGGAUGCGUUACAUUGGCAAGCUGGCCAAGAACGGCAAGGUCUUUGACCAGAACACCAAGGGCAAGCCCUUCACUUUCAAGCUCGGCCGUGGUGAGGUGAUCAAGGCGUGGGACGAGGGAAUUGUCGGCAUGCAGGCUGGUGAGGAGCGCAGAUUGACCUGCCCGCCUGCUACUGCGUAUGGCAGCAGGGGUGCUCCGCCUGACAUCCCGGGCAACAGCGUCCUCGUGUUCGAUGUCAAGUGCAUCACCAUCGGGUGAGCGCAGGGCGACAGAAUCGUAGCUCCCUCUUCCUUCCUUGAACCGCCUCCCUCGUGCGCCACAAAAUGUUUGUCCCUCUAUGUACACCAUGUAAUUCGUUGAACGCUUUCGUCUCGCACCACCACCACACUAUCUUGAAUACCAAAUCCAAGCCAUCAUCUCUGCAGCAC